AGUAAGCCUGUAUUGUAAUUUUAGGAACAGUUCUACCGUACGAAAAUGUCGCCUUCGUUCCUUCCGUCGUCCCAAGGACGGUUCAAUUUUUGCGUGUCUUUGUUCCUAGUGACCUCUCUAGCUGUCCAUUUGUACCUCGCCCCGACUGCAAACGCCCAGUUCGUGUCCGGCGAGCAUCAGCAGUUCCACAUAAUCAAACCAGGCGGCCCCUCUCCGCCGGUGAUUCAUCCCGACCAGGCCUCCGACCCGUCCGUCAUUCCGCACAUCCAGACCCAAAUCGUGACCUACUACCACAUAUGGAUUGCAAAUAUGUCUGGGUUUGGAAAGUUGUAAUGCUGCGUUGGGAAUCGUGAGUGCUCUGUCAUGCACAGCCAAGCAUGAGAAAUAUCUGCGCUUCUUUGUGUUGCGCUUUUCGCGUGGCAAACUGCGUUUUUGCAUGACAGGCAAGAGGGUCUCUUCUUGGACACGCGUGACAAACUUUUUGGUCAUGCCGGACAAGCAUGACAAAACUCGCAAUCUUCCAGACCCAGACAUGUUUGCAAUCCAUACCACAAUGAGCAAACGAAGGCGCAACACGCGUCCAGUUCCAUCGACGCAGUGUGUGGUGCGGCGGCUGCUCCGCCCUUUUACAGCGAGGGGCGGGACGAGGCGAGAUUGCAGUGGACGACGACGAGUAGCACGGGGAAAAGAAAAGCAGAUGCGGAACAGAAAAUCGGGGAGAUAGAAGACGGGGUCCGGAGUCUCGCCAAAUUGGAGCUCAAUGUUACUACCGCGGAAGAGGACGGUGGUGGAACAUCAAAGGCGGUUAUUGAUGAGGAGCUUCUUCUCCGCUUGUACCUACACUACAGUACUAACAGGAAAAUAAACGGCGCCACCACCAGCGAUGUUGAAACAUAUCAAGUGUAAAAAUGUCUGGGUCUGGAAGAAUGCGCGACUUGUCAUGCAGAUUUUCCAUGAUCCAUGAGGUCUGGCAUGCAGGACCUAGCAUGACAGAUUCUGUGCGAUCUCUCUCAUGCCUAUCCUGCAUGAGAAAUCCCCUCCCGACGUGGUCAAAACUGGACGACUUUUGGUAAUCAUGCAACACAGAUUUUUACAUGCUUCAGAUUUAGCAUGACAAGUUGCAUUCUUCCAGACCCAGACACUUUUACAUUUGAUAAAACAGACGCACCAACAACAGCCGCCGUCACCGAGCUCCAAACCCAGUUGUCUCAAGUCCUCCAGCUAGAUCAGCCGUCGUUGCUCAUAUGAAAUGCAAAAAUGUCUGGGUCUGGAAGAGUGCGAACUUGUGAUGCGUGUUGCGGAUCAUACAGAAAUCUGUGUUGCAUGACUUGCAAAAGGUCCCCAUUUUUCGCCAUGCUGAGAGGGCAUCUCUCAUGCAUAAUGGGCAUCACCAACGGGCUGCAGAACCUGUGAUGCUAGGCCCUGCAUUCCAGACUUGGCGGAGCUUGGAAAAACUGCAUGACAAAUCUCGGAAUCUUCCAGACCCAGACACUUUUACAUUUGAUAGCUCACCCAAUUACUCGACACGGUAGGAAACGACAAGGUGAAACAACUCAGGAAACAAACCCUAGACGCUUGCCUCAUCCUCGCUAUCUUUGAGGCGGUGCUUGAUAAAGAACGAGAUGAACCCAGCGAUAAUUACAAUCUCGCAAGACCAAGGGGACCAGAUGAGGUGUUCUUUCACAAGAAAGCAAACGUCGAUUACAUCGAGCAGCUCCACCAAAGCGCGCUGUUUCUCUGGCGAUCGCACUUCGCCAAAUCGCAGUAUAAGGAGCACCGGUGUCGGCACUUUUUCCUCGCGAAGCAAAUCCAGAAGGACGCCGAGGAGUUUCGCGUGGCGGCGAACCGCACACUCUGGAUCGCCGCGAGCGCAGCGAGGAAAAAUGAGCAAGGGCAGCAUCUCAACUUAGAAGAAGUGAAAACAACCACCACCUACGGUGCCUUAUGCAUAGCAAAUACGUGUCUGGCUCUGGAAAGAAUGGAACUUGUGAUGCAAACUUUUAAUCACGCGAAAACCUGUAUUGUAUGAGCAGCAAAUAAAGCGCUCAGAUUUUUGCCACCUCCCGGACAGGAGAGCAUUUCUCAUGCAGGAUGGGCAUGAGCAGGCCUUCGCAAAAGCUGUGUUGACGCUAGAGCAUGCAUCACAGACAUCGCGGGUCAUGUACAAGCUGCAUGACAAAUUUCCCAAUCUUCUCCAGACCCAGACAUAUUUGCAUUUGAUACGCCUCCCUCGCCACGUAUGCCACCUUCUACGCCACCACCCUCGCCGCCUCCCCGGAAUGGUCGGGGCAAAACCGAGAUUUGCUCGAGCUGCAGCUUUACCAGCCGAGCUACAUGCGGUGCUACUCCAGGUUGGCCUUUGUCCGGCCUCCGAUCUUCGUCUGGCCCGUGAUGUGGAGCACGAGUAUCGCGUACCAACGGCUACGGGACGACCCGGUGGCGAGUCCGAAGGAAGUUAUGGCACUCUCAAACGUUACAUGUUACAUGAAUUUGUCAUGCAAAACCACCAUCAUCAUCCACACGAUCAAGCUGCGUCGCGUGACAAAUCUGCGAAGGGCUAAACAGCACCUAAAUCUGCGCGAAAUUUGUAAUACUAAAUGUGCAGCCUCCCCAUCUUUGACUUUUGCUAUUCUUGCAUCACAAAUUCGUGUAGCAGUUGAGAGCGUAACGGUUGAGAACGCCAUAGAAGUCGGCCACACUGUCGGCGGGCACGAGGCCCACGCGACGCGCACCGGGAAGUUCUGGGUAUCAAAUGCAAAAAUGUCUGCGUCUGGAAGAGGAGAAGUUUGUCAUGCACGUUUUCCAUGGUCCAUGAGGUCUCUGAUGUAUGCUAUAGCAUCACAGAUUUUUUGAGCGCCUAUCGAUGCGCAUCCUGCAUGACAAAUGCACUCUCCGCGUAGCCAAAUUUGACUCCUGUUGCUGCUCAUACAAUACACAUUUUUUUCGCAUCCAAAUGCAGCAUCACAAGUUAGGCUCUUCCAGACCCAGACAUAGUUGCAAUCCAUACUGGGACUCGACCUACAAUUUCUUCGUCACACCGAGCGCAGAACACGCUGCGCACGUCGACUACGCCCUGGACAGCAGCUAUGUCUUCGAGGAUCCUUCCGACAAGCUACGGCACCGCAAGAUCCGGUUUGCGCGGAUUGACCAAAUACAGCAUUUGAGCGUGUUGAAACACCUACUCCUGCACAAACCAGGGGCCUACAAGGUGAACGACAGCAGUCACUCCGCGCAGCUCUCGCAUGCGAUUUCCCACCACCUCCUCCCGCCCUGGUUCGAGCAAAUUAUCGAGUUCGGGGGAGGAACGGGAGAAUUGGUAGCGCUGGUUUUUGAAGAAGCGAAGCAAUUCGGGAAAAAACAGAACCCGAGAUUUCUGAUUUACGACACGCCCCCGAUGCUGAAUUUGCAGAAAUACUUCUUGCGGUUUUCCGGCUUGCCGGCAAAGUUGGUGAAGACAACUGGUACUACUACUAGUACUGGUAGGAAGAUCACAACUACUCCAGCAGCUGGUACAACAACUUCUACUACGAGUAGUGCAACUAUGCCUGCUCUGGCGCCAACAAAUAAGGAGCAACUGUCAAGCGAGAUCUUACUUCUUCCCAGCACGGUUUUCCAAAAGGACAGGCAGCUGUUCCACAACACGGUGAAGAAGCAGCUCCUACCCUCCAACACCCUCGUCGUGGGGUUCUAUUCCCUCUCCGAAGCACCGCUCACGGUGAGAAAACGGUUUCUCUCCGCUGUGACCGACGAGAAACAGAACCAGCCGCCGGCGACGGUCUUGCUGGUUCUAAAUUCCUUCGACGGCAUGCGGUGGUCGCAGUCGAUUGCAGACAUGAAAAAGGAGUUUUUUGACAGGUACGAUUACGAAGCGUGUUGCUGGCGGAUGGACCACUUUGGCCGGUUGGAGGGAACUUCCGCGGUCAGUUACUACUUCGUCGCGGUCAGGAAAAGUGCGUGGGCAAACUGGAAGAGUGAAGUGGGGAGUGCGCAUGGUAGUGAGGCGAAACACGCCCUACCUGCGAGUUUACGGUGCGAACCUGCGAUUGGGUGCAAUGCAGCGACGCUGGCAAAGGAGUUCUCCACCUGUACCGUUCCGGGGAGCAGUGGUGUCGGGAACAGUGGUGUGGGGAGCAGCGGUGUGGGGUCUGGUGUUGGAGAUGGAGGUGAAAUAAAGCAUGCAACAAUAAAUGGAUCUGUUGAUGAUGUUGUGAGUAAGAACAGUACAGCAACCACGCGUGGUGGAAGUGAGUCUAGUAAUUCUACAGAAGAUGAGAUGAAACACACGGUAGAGAAAAAACCUGAUUUGGAAAAGACACGCAGCAAUGCUGCUACUUAAGAAGCCGAGCGUCGUCGCCAGAGCUCGAUGAUUUUACAGACGGCAGGACUUUUUUCUUUCUGCUUACGUGUGGU